UUUUCUUCCGCGUAGGAAGGGCAGCUUGGCAGACAGGCGGCCGAGAGCUUGUGCCGUGACCCUGCGCGCGAUGUGGCCGCUCUGGGGGUUGCUGGUGCUGGCGGGGGCGGUGGGGGCGCGUCAGGUCCCACCAAGCAACGAGACGGCGCGGAUGGCGCGCUUCGUGGCGCACACCUGUGAUUGGGGCGCGCUGGCCACCAUCUCGACGCAUGACCCGGUGCGGGGCCAGCCUUUCGCCAACGUUUUCUCCAUCAGCGACGGGCAAGUGUGGAACAGCAGUGGGGUGCCCUACAUGUACCUGACCGCCAGAGAAAUCUCAGUGCAGGAUCUGCAGGUUAAUGCGAAUGCCUCCUUAACACUCUCCUUGGCACAGACUUCGUAUUGCAAGGAUGAGAAAUAUGAUCCUCAGAAUCCUCUGUGUGCCCAUGUGAUCUUCUGUGGAGUAGUUGAAAAGGUGACUGGAAGAGAAGCAGACUUUGCAAAGACAGCACUGUUCAGCAGACAUCCCGAAAUGAAAGACUGGCCUCCUGAUCAUGACUGGUUCUUUGCCAAACUCAACAUUACCAACAUCUGGGUCCUGAGCCAUUUUGGGGGGAUUGAAGUGGUGACCCCUGAAGACUAUUUUAAUGCCACCCCUUAUUGAGGAAGAUUUUUGGAUAAAAUGAGUAUCCAUCAGACAGCUUAACAUUUUGCAAUCCAGAGCCACAGAUGCUGGUGAAGAAAAAAGAAUUCUGGAAUGCCAAAUCUGUGAAGUCUUUAAAAGUCCCUGAUGGCAUUACUUAUGCUGUACAAGCUCUGUGCAACCAAGCUUUUUAAAUCUUUGAAUCUACACACUAAAGGGAAUCUUGAUUUUGUGCUGCAAGUAUUUAGAGCACUGCAAUAUGUCAAUGAUAGUGUAAUUAAGUUUGCUUUUGCCUCAACAAACUUAUCUGAAGAAAAAUGCCAAUGAGAGCACCUCCCUACCUUUGGAAGGAGAAGCGCCAAAAAUGCAAAAGGGAGUAAGAGGGGGAACAGGAAGCAGGAAACCCCAAAUUUAAUGUAAAUUUUCAGCAUCAUGGUCUUAAGAAUGCUUUCCUGGGAGUAAACCCCAUUGAACAGACCUGGGUAGGAUUUCAAGUACACCUGUUCAGGAUUGUUGUCUCCGUUGUAGCAGUAAAUAGUACCCUCUGUUGCGGGCAAAAAUCUCUAUGUGCACAAACCAAGCAGAUCUAAAACAGAGCUUGAAUUUAGUCUAGUUGUCUACGCACAAAUGAAUUUGUGUUGUCACAACUACGAAGCCCCACAAUCUGUUAGGGGAUGUGCCCUCAACCUUGAUCCAGGUAGGACUAUCUUGUGUGUGAACGGACACCUCUGCCAGCAAGACAAAUUUUGGAUUGGAAACUAGACAUUGCAGGCCACUGCUAUUUUUGGCUGUGUAAACCUAGAACUGUCUCGAUCACAUGUAUCUGUAUCACAGAAAAGCUGUUUAGCAGCAACAGGGCAUGUAGAUAAGUGGGACUGAACUCAUUUCCUGCCCUUGGCUUAUGCCCAUGUCCCCAAGUGCUUCUUGUUUAGUCAGUUGCAACCAGAAUCUGAGCUUUGCUGAAGAGAGAAGCAGUGAGUUGAGCUGUAGGCAAAAUUCUGUGUUCCUUUCCCUUGCAUCUUUUUUGUUAUUAUAAACAGACCAUCAACACCUCUUUUCUUUCUUCAUGAUUUGAAUAAGUUCCAUGUUUAUCCACAACUACUGCCACCAAUCCUGGUUUGCUACAAUGUAAAAGAGUACCUGCUCUGCUGGAGGCGUAUCUGCUGAUAACUCAUGUCUGUAGGCUGACUUUCAACUUGCCUGGUGUUGUUUCCAUUUUGGAGCAUAGUCUUUAUAAACAUCUGUGUGGUCCCCAAGUCUGACCUUCAUCUUCAUUUGGAAAAGAAACUACCCAGUGGUGGAGUGCAACAUGGCAAACGAGGCUGUAAACUGUUGAUGCUGACUAGAAGUGCCCUCAUAUGUAGUAUCUGAAAUAAUCUACAAAAGUGUUUUUGAGGGAAUUCAACUUUAGCACCAGUUGGCUGCAGUGCAGAUGGCACAGUGCAACAUGCUUGAAGCAAACCAUAAAGAAGGAAGCAGAACUCAUCCAUGAGAGAGAGGAUGGUGCCCAGAACUGGCUCCCAGUCUCCUGUCGUUGGCUGGUUUCUCACCAAGGAUUUCCCACGUUGCUGCUAUCUGGUUCAGGUCAUUUUCCCCAUGUCUCCACAUGGUGUCAUCCUCUGUUUGUGCACAGGCUAUUAAGGAGCCAUACUUUCCAAAUGAACACCUUAUUUAAACCUGUAAAAACACUAUUUUCUGGGGUGGCUGCUAUCAGCAUGAACACUUUCUUGUGUCUGAAGGGGUCAUGGCAAAGGAGAAACAGCAUGAUUGUAGGACUUUGGUGAAAUGGUAGUCAGUUAUUCUUUUCAUUUGUUGAUGAUCCCAAGGGACCAGUCCCUGGCAAUAAUUAACAGAAGAGACUGUUGUAUGGGCAUUUUUUUAAUAAAAUCGCAUCAGCAUCCAGACUAUGACAGAAAAUCAUCCUCAUGUGGAAGUAGCUCUUGAUUAGAAGGUGAGAAAUAUUUGGAUUCACUACAUCACACUUGCCUAAAAUAAGUAGUGAAGCAAAUUGACUCUCAAAUGCAGCAUCAUAUUUGAAAUGGACUGAACAAUAAAUUAUGUCACAUCUUGA